CAUAUCAGUAGCCGCAGAGACAGGGAAAAGCAGACUUUGAUUCAGCUCUUAGCUAGCUGUACAAAAGCCUCUUAGUUACCGACUCUUGAAAGAUCUGCACAUCUCUCUCUCUCUCCGGCAACUCUGUUUAUCCGAGUUAAAGACGGCUUGACAGAGAGAGCCUAACGCUGGAUCUCUAUCUAUAAUAAGCUUAUACUGCAUAUAAUUCAGCAGGCAGUGGAAUGGCGAAUCGAGUGAAAGAAGACGAGAAGAAUGAAAGAAUAAUUCGGGGACUUUUGAAACUUCCCGAGAAUCGUAGGUGCAUUAACUGUAACAGUCUGGGACCACAAUAUGUUUGCACAAAUUUCUGGACAUUUGUUUGCACCACCUGCAGUGGAAUACAUCGGGAGUUUACACACCGAGUAAAAUCAGUAUCAAUGGCCAAAUUUACUUCACAAGAAGUUAUUUCUCUUCAAGAAGGAGGAAACAAGCGUGCUAGAGACAUUUAUCUUAAAGAAUGGGAUCCACAGCGUCAGUCUGCCCCUGAUGGCAGUAAUGUUGACAGGCUUCGGGACUUUAUUAAACAUGUAUAUGUGGACAGAAGAUACUCUGGUGAGAGAAACUAUGGAAAGCCUUCGAGUGUAAAGUUGGGUGACAAAGAGGACUCAUAUCAAGGAGGGUCUCGAAGUCCACCAUAUGAAGAUACAUAUGAGCGCCGCUACAGUGAAAUGUCCAGUCCUGGUGGAAGAAGUGAUGAUAGGAAUAGAUAUGCUUAUGAUGAAAGAAGAAGCCCUGGAUAUGAUCAAGAAAGUCGACAGUAUAAUGAUUACAGGAGAAGUCCUGCUCGUGGUGAGAUAGUUAAUGAUUGGCGAAAGGAGGAUAGAUUUGGAAAUGGAAGGAGAGCAGACGAUCGUAGAGUAUCUGAAGGAGAUUCAAAGCUGGAAACAAGGUCACCUGAACCGCUGAAAGAUCCAGGGGCUUCUAGUCCCCCUGUUGUGCGGCCAGUUAGAGAAAUUCUGGGAGAUAAUGUGGUGCCGCUUCAUGUAAGUGAACCUCCCAAAGCCAAUGUUGUAAGAGCUGCCGAUAGCUCUGCACAGACACAGAGAACUGUGUCUUCUAGCAGCGUAGGAUCCACUAGUGGUAAUAUGACAGAAGUUAAAGUGGAGAGUACUGCAAGCUUAAUUGAUUUUGAUGCUGAUCCAGAACCACCUGUCAGUACUGCAGUUCCUCAAGCACAACAAACAAUUGUGUCUCAAUCCAUUGCACAACCUGCAAGUACUACAAACGAUAACAAUUGGGCUUCUUUUGAUUUUGGGCCUGCUAAUAAGGCAUCUCAAGCAAAUGCAAAUCCGCUGGAAUCUGUUCUCUCACAAUUGGCAGUGCCAGCAUCUGUACCUGGUCAAAUAUCCGGAAUGCCAAGUGGUUCUGGUGCUCCAGUAGCUGCAUCUUUUGGCAACAUAGCAAAUUUACCAAAUGCUACUGCUUCACCAGCUGUGUCAGCUGGGAAUGCACAUAUAUUGCCCCUCAACAGUGGUGCUACAUUUUUUCAUCCUGGUGGUGUUUCAACAGCUGCCCCUGGAUUGGCACCUGUAAUGCCUGUGAAUGGUGGUCCGUCCUUUGUCAAAGUUAAUGAAACAGGGCAAUGGUAUAGUGUGCAGCAUCAGCAACCGGUUCUAUUUCCUCCUAGUGGUCAGUCUACUUCUCAACAAUUUGCACCACCAUUUGGUGGGGCUUCAGCUAAUCAGCCAUGGAAUUUAUCAGUGGCGCCCAAUGUGCAAGCAGCUUUGAGUAAACCAUCUGCUGGAGCCCCUCAAGUUACAUCUACACCUGCAUUAGUGGUUGCUUCUGCUGGUGUAUCACAACCAUCAGCUGUAGAAGUCCAAUCAAGUGGAAGAAAGGAACUGCCUGAGGAUCUUUUUGCUGCAACCUAUCCAUCUUUCCAUGGAGCUGUUCCAGGGUGGCAAACUGGUCUACCCCGUGGUAUGGGGUUCGCUAUGCAAUACAGCAAUACUGCAGUUCAUAUGCCUUCUUUUAUCCAGCCAUCCAAGUCAACAAAUCCAUUUGUUCUCAAUGAGCCACCUCCAAUGCAAGGCCAUACAUUCCCUUCCAUGGCAUCCUUGCAAAGUGCUCUCCCAAGUAUGCCGCCGUCUUCAGGCUUGCAACGCACCUCUAGUCUUGGAACUCCACCAUCAGCAUGGAUGCCAUCUCAGUCAUUGCCUUAUCCAUCAGCACUGCCUCCUCAGCCACCUUCUUAUGCAUCAGCUAUGCCUCCAAGGGCAUAUAUGGGACAAGUAUCAAGUAACAUGCCACUUCCUGGGUCUCAGGGUAUAGGAGGUUUACCUACCGAGGGAGGUACUUAUGGUGCCGCCAAUAUGGAUCAACAAUUGGCUGGUAGAUUCUCUGCCCCUGCCGCCCCAUCACCUUUCUCUUCUGUUGGAGGAAACCCUUUUGGAUGAGCACGUAAAAAAUGUAUCGCUGUCCUGAUUUAGAGGAAGCAUCGACUUGUUGCAUCCUCGAAAUUGCUGGGUGAAAAGUUUUGGUCUGUUAUUAUUAUACUCAGAAUCAUCCAGCCCUCUUAGACAAUGCCCAUUGUUAAUGAAAUUUAAGUGUCAAAUGUCCAUAUCAGAAAAUUGACUUGAGAGAGCAGUUAUAUAAAUUAAAAGGGUAGACACCUCCAUGGGGAUUUAGGUUUAUCUUUGUAUGUGCCUAUUAUUUGUAUUGUUCAUUGGGUGAUUUGUGUUGCCUACCAACCCCUGGAAUUUGUAUCACUUUUUGUUUGUUGCCUGCUGUCCCAGAAGUCAUCCCCCAUUUUUAUGCAUGAUUUUUGUAAUGUGUUCAUGUUGUGGCGAGCCGUCGGAGUCUGAAAAGGGUGUGGACGAACUGCAAACAGUACAGUCUGUAUGCAUAUAUUGUUGAAUAUUGAUUUGAUUUUUCUCA